UCAAUAUAUAUAUUUUUUUUUCGAGUCGCCAUUUUUUAAACUGGCGGAGGAGGUUUAUUUGGCUGUUACAAGAUGGCGACUCCCAUGGAGGGGUACUCUCUAGUUUCUGAGGGAUAUCGGUGCAAAAUGCAAUUGCUAUAUGCGACAUUUUGAAAAUUGACUAUAAUAUAAUUUUUUCUUAUUGAUGGUAGCAGUGUAUGCACGCAAGUUUGCAAGUUGAAGGACCUGGUAUUUUGUUGCAGACGGACCGGCUUUUUGUCUUCUUACGGAGCGUCUGUAAAAUGGCGGCUUCCAUGGAUUUUAACGUUACAUUUUCCUGAAAUCAUUUGAAAUAUUUGCAGUGGCUGUGGAAACCAUCUCAUUAGAUAGAUGUGAAUAAACAACUUAGUUCUCUUCUUAUUGUGCGACAGCAGACACUGAGUGAUUGGAUCCUCUGCUAUUCUGCCAGCUAGCUAAUUAGCCUGCUAAGUGGGAUAGCUUAGCAGACGUUUUAUUCAUUUGGCGUAGCUGGUUAGCACUAGCAUUUAGCAGAGGACAUGACAUCCCCUGGUUCCGCUUUGUCUGGAACCAGCGGUUCAACGCUUCAGCCGCGUUGGAAGCGAGUUCUUGGAUGGUCUGGCCCCGUCCCUCGGCCAAGACAUGGACACAGAGCAGUUGCUAUCAAGGAGCUUAUGGUGGUGUUCGGAGGUGGGAAUGAAGGAAUUGUUGAUGAGCUCCACGUCUAUAACACAGCUACCAAUCAGUGGUUUAUCCCAGCCGUCCGUGGGGACAUUCCUCCAGGCUGUGCAGCAUACGGUUUUGUGUGCGAUGGUACUCGACUGCUGGUGUUUGGAGGGAUGGUGGAGUAUGGGAAGUACAGCAAUGACCUUUACGAACUGCAGGCCAGUAGAUGGGAGUGGAAGAAAUUGAAGCCAAAAGCCCCGAAGAAUGGGCCCCCACCUUGCCCCCGUUUGGGGCACAGCUUUUCUCUAGUGGGCAAUAAGUGCUACCUGUUUGGAGGGUUGGCCAAUGAUAGUGAAGACCCUAAAAACAACAUUCCCAGGUAUCUAAAUGACCUGUACACACUGGAGCUGCGUCCUGGCUCCUCUGUGGUGGGCUGGGACAUCCCCAUCACAUAUGGUGUGCUGCCUCCCCCACGCGAGAGCCAUACUGCAGUGGUCUACACAGAGAAGGACACCAAGAAGUCACGGCUCGUCAUCUACGGGGGCAUGAGUGGCUGCCGCUUGGGAGACCUGUGGACCCUUGACAUAGACACUCUCACCUGGAACAAGCCCGCACUGAGUGGCACAGCUCCCCUUCCACGCAGUCUUCACUCGGCCACCACCAUCACAAACAAGAUGUUUGUUUUUGGUGGCUGGGUGCCCCUGGUUAUGGAUGAUGUGAAAGUGGCCACACACGAGAAAGAGUGGAAGUGUACAAAUACACUGGCUUGUCUAAAUUUGGAUUCAAUGAAUUGGGAGAAUGUGUUGAUGGACACCCUGGAAGAUAAUGUACCCAGAGCCCGUGCAGGACACUGUUCAGUGUCCAUUAACUCUAGACUGUAUGUGUGGAGUGGACGUGAUGGGUACCGCAAAGCCUGGAAUAACCAGGUGUGCUGCAAAGACUUGUGGUAUCUCGAGACAGAGAGGCCACAUGCGCCCUCGCGUGUGCAGCUGGUCCGUGCCAACACCAACUCCCUGGAGGUGAGCUGGGGCGCGGUGCCUACGGCCGACACCUACCUGCUGCAGCUGCAGAAGUACGACAUCCCCUCUGCCACGGCGGCCACCUCGCCCAACCUCAACGCCGCUACCUCUCUCCCCAGCAACUCCCCCAAGAGCCCCGCGCCAGCGUCCGCCGCACCCGCGGCCCAGAGCCUGCCCCACACUGGCAUCAGCCUGAUGGCCCAGGCCUCCUCCCCGACCGCAUCAGGCCUACCCGUCCUGCCCAACAUGCCAGGCAGCCCACUGGGGGCCUCCACUGCUCGUGGCCCAGCAAUCCUGAAAGUGGCAGCUCCCCAGGGUGGCACUGGCACAUCUAUAGUAACUGUGCGUCAAGCCAACCAAGCUGGGAAGUCCCCGGUCACUGUGACGUCGCUUCCUGCAGGUGUUCGCAUGGUUAUACCAGCACAAACCACACAAGGAGCGCCAAUUGGAAACAGCCCUCAGAUGAGUGGCAUGGCAGCUCUGGCUGCUGCUGCAGCCGCAACACAGAAGAUCCCGCCCUCAUCCACUCCCACAAUGCUAAGUGUUCCAGCUGGGGCUACCAUUGUGAAGACUAUGGCUGCUUCACCAGGCUCCACCACAGUCAAAAUGGCCUCACCAGUCAUGGUGAGCAACCCCGCCACCCGCAUGCUGAAGACGGCCGCAGCUCAAGUCGGCACGGCAACUGUGUCCAGUCCCAACACUUCCACUCGCCCCAUCAUCACUGUGCACAAGUCCGGCACCGUUACAGUGGCUCAGCAAGCCCAGGUGGUCACCACAGUGGUCGGUGGGGUCACUAAGACCAUCACUCUUGUGAAGAGCCCCAUCUCAAUGGCAGGAGGAGGAACACUGUUCUCUAACCUGGGGAAGGUGAUGUCCGUUGUGCAGACGAAGCCAGGGCAGUCUGCCUUGACCGGACAGGCCUCCACCAACCCACUCACUCAGAUCAUACAGACAAAAGGGCCCCUCCCUGCAGGCACGAUUCUGAAACUGGUGACCUCUGCGGAUGGGAAGCCCACCACCAUCAUCACCACCAGCCAGGCAGGGGUGGCGGGCGGCAAACCCACCAUCUUGGGCGUCAGCAGCAUGUCGCCGACCUCCACCACCAAACCAGGCACCACCCAUAUUAUCAAAACCAUCCCCAUGUCCGCCAUUGGGGCCUCUGGUGUUACCAGUAGUGCUGGGAUGAAGUCCCCCAUCACCAUUUUCACCACCAAGGCCUUCACCUCUGGCACGGGCACCCCUGGCAAGAUAAUCACUACUGUGCCAAAGCUGGGCGGUGCAGCAGGCCAGCAGGGCCUUACUCAGGUGGUUUUGAAGGGAGCACCAGGUCAACCUGGGACGAUCCUACGAACAGUGCCCAUGAGCGGAGUUCGACUGGUUUCCCCAGUGUCCGUAUCUACUGUUAAGCCAACUGUGACCACCUUGGUUGUCAAAGGAACCACAGGGGUCACUACUCUGGGCACAGUCACGGGGACCGUCUCUAGCAGCCUGGCUGGUGGCAGCGUCACCAGUGCCAACGCCUCCCUGGCCACACCCAUCACCACGCUGGGAAGUAUCGCCACCCUGUCUAGUCAGGUGAUUAACCCAGCAACCAUCACGGUGUCUGCAGCGCAGACUAGCCUUACCACGGCAACAGCCCUCCCCACCACCUCCAUACAGUCGGCAGGACAGCCUACCCAGGUGACCCUAAUCACGAGCCCCAGCAGUGCAGAGGCUCAGGCGGGUCAGGACCUGCCCGUGUCCAUCCUGGCGUCGCCAACGUCCGAGCAGCCCAGCUCUUCCGAGACGGCCGCCAGCGACACCUCUGGCUCGGUCACACUGGUCUGCUCCAACCCUCCCUGUGAAACGCACGAGACGGGCACAACCAACACAGCCACCACAGCCACCGUCAACAUGGGCGGGACGCAGCGAGUCUGCUCCAACCCGCCCUGCGAGACCCAUGAAACGGGCACUACCAACACUGCCACCACGGCGUCCUUGAACAUGGGUGGUGCCACUCAGGUUUGUUCCAACCCACCCUGCGAGACGCACGAGACGGGCACAACCAACACUGCCACCACAGCGUCCUCAAGCAUGGGUGCUGGCAACCAGAUGGCCACCGGUACUGCGCAGAGGGUUUGCUCCAACCCGCCCUGCGAGACGCACGAGACGGGCACAACCAACACUGCCACCACAGCGUCCUCAAGCAUGGGUGCUGGCAACCAGAUGGCCACCGGUACUGCGCAGAGGGUUUGCUCCAACCUGCCCUGCGAGACGCACGAGACGGGCACUACCAACACAGCCACCACAGCGUCCUCAAGCAUGGGUGCUGGCAACCAGAUGGCCACCGGUACUGCGCAGAGGGUUUGCUCCAACCCGCCCUGCGAAACCCACGAGACGGGCACUACUAAUACAUCCACCACAGCGUCCUCAAGCAUGGGUGCUGGCACUCAGACGGGCACCAGUACCGCGCAGAGGGUUUGCUCCAACCCGCCCUGCGAGACGCAUGAGACGGGCACUACCAACACUGCCACCACAGCGUCCUCAAGCAUGGGUGCUGGCGACCAGACGGCCACCGGUACCGUGCAGAGGGUUUGCUCCAACCCGCCCUGCGAAACCCACGAGACGGGCACUACCAACACUGCGACCACAGCUACCUGCAACCUGGAGACUGGAGAAGGCGCAGCCCAGCAGAGUACAGAGUCUUCGGAAGCAACCAGCAGCACAGAGGUGCCCUCAACAUCGUCCACGGCAGCUGGAUCCAGUCGAGCGGUCACCACAGUUACUCAGGCCACACCCGCACCUGGACCCUCGGUUCCUUCCAUCUCGUCCAUCGCUGAGUCGUCGGGUGCCGUACCAGCAGAGCUCACUCAGGAUGAGUUGACUGCAGCGGGCAGCUCCGAGGCUGUGGCGUCUGAGGAGCCCAUGCAGACAGACUGCCCACCAGAGGGUGCCAUGCCCAUGGAGGAAGGAGAUGCUGCUCACACAACUCAGAGCUACAUGUUGCUGGAAGCAUCCUCUACCCAGCAUUUCGGCAUGUUGAGCUCCCCUCUUCUCACGCCUCUUUCUCUUCAUGAUGUCCAGAUGGCGGAGUCCGCAUCCCAGGAGGCCGAGGCCCUGGGCCUGCCCCCAGAGCUCAUGUCUGAGGGCCAGACCACCACACUGAUGGUGACUGGCCUGACCCCCGAAGAGCUGGCCGUGACCGCCGCGGCGGAGGCCGCAGCACAAGCUGCCGCUACGGAGGAAGCCCAGGCUCUGGCCGCCUCUGAGGAGGCCCAGGCCCUGGCCAUCCAGGCAGUGCUGCAGGCCGCCCAGCAGGCUGUCAUGAGCGAGGGCAACACUGGCUCAGAGCAGCAGACCCACACCAUCCCCAUCGUGCUCACCCCGCAGGAGCUGGCGGCACUCGUUCAGCAGCAGCAGCAGCUCCAGGAGGCCCAGGCGGCCGCCCAGCAGCAGGCACAGGAGCAGGCUGCGCCCACCGAGGGCCUGGCCCCCGCCGACAGCCUCAACGACCCCGCCUCCGAGAGCAACGGCCACGGUGACAUGGCCGCCGCCGUCUCCAGUGCUGUCGCCGGGUUGCUCCCCAGCACCGCUGCUGAGACAUUGGCGCCAUCCAACACCUUUGCAACAGUAGCAGUAGCCAGCCCCGCCAAGAUGCAGGCUGCAGCAACGCUGGCUGAAGUGGCCAAUGGCAUCGAGAAGCAGAGUGCUCCUCCUGCCCCAGUCCGAGUCCCAGUAAAGAAAGAGAACCAGUGGUAUGACGUGGGAAUCGUCAAGGUGACCAACAUGGUGGUGACUCAUUAUUAUAUACCGGGAGGUGACUCUGCCUACUCAGAGGAUGACUCGGGAGCCAUGCCCGACUACACUGAAAUGAAGAGGAUGGAGUUGCAGCCAGGCACAGCAUACAAGUUCCGAGUAGCGGGAAUCAAUGCCUGCGGCCGUGGCGCCUUCUCAGAAAUAUCCGCUUUCAAGACCUGCCUGCCAGGCUUCCCAGGGGCACCUUGUGCCAUCAAAAUCAGCAAGAGCCCAGACGGUGCCCACUUGACGUGGGAGCCGCCGUCGGUCACGUCGGGCAAGAUCAUCGAGUACUCCGUGUACCUGGCCAUCCAGAGCUCGCAAACCACCGAGGCCAAGCCGUCGGCGCCGGCCCAGCUGGCCUUCAUGCGGGUGUACUGCGGGCCCAGCCCGUCCUGCCUGGUGCAGUCCUCCAGCCUGUCCAACGCACACAUCGACUACACCACCAAGCCUGCCAUCAUCUUCCGUAUCGCCGCACGCAACGAGAAGGGCUAUGGCCCUGCUACGCAAGUCCGAUGGCUCCAAGAGUCAAGCAAAGAUGCUGCAGCCAAGCCGGCUGCCAAGAGAGCAGUGUCCUCCCCAGACGUGAAAACUGGUCCUAAGAAGGCGCGGAUGGAUCAAUGAGGCAAUGUUGAGGCCUGUGCCCCCUCCCUCCUACCCCCCCCUCUCUGCAUCCCUCUGCCUCCUCCCCAACCCUUUAGCGACUUUAGAGACUACAGGCACAAACACCAUGGAACAUUUACUGUACCCAGCCAAGCAGUGUGUGUGUGUGUGUGUGUGUGUGUGUGUGUGUGUUUUUUUGUUUUUCUCUCUCUCAACAUUUGGCAUUGCAUCAUUUACCAUUUACCUUUUUCAGCUGUGAACAAAAGAAAUGAUCAAGUACGUUUUACUUUUGUUUCCUCUUUUUUGGCGAAAACCCCACCCCCUUCACUCACACACACACACUUUUUUUAAGCGAUAGGUGGCAUUCCGGAAAAAAGAAAAACCAAAAAAAAAAAGCCUUUCUCUUCUGCCAAGUCUUCCUCUUUUUUUUUUGGCCUUCCUGCAUAAUUUCCUAAGUAUGCCAUUUGCUCCUGGCAGGAUUUGAUUAGGUGAGCUUUUUACAAACAGCAUGCCAGGCUGCUGCCAGCUGGCUCAGGAUAAGGAGGAAACUGAGCAACUCUGGCAAAACAGGCAGAGGACUGCAGGGGUGGACAUUUCAUCCAACAACUUGCAAACCUAAAGUAAAACAAAGCACUUGUCCAUACACACACACACAUGCGCGCACACACACACACACACAUUGGACACUUCUCCCCCCCCCCCCCAUUUUUUUUUUUUUUUUUCUUUUUUUCUGGUGGAAGGACCGCCAACCUCCCACUCAAAACAGAACACAUGGAGACGUUAACACUGAACGCGUGCAGCUCUGGAAUCCUGGUUAAGGCAUCAUUGUGCACCGGUGUGAGAGGAGACCCGUUUGGGAUGUUGCCACCAUGACGUGAACGGCGGAGUGGACAGGAUCGAGUAGAGACAGACUUUGUUACAACCGAGACUUGCAGUAUAUAUUCACAUACACGCCACAUGCAAACAUGCACACCGAAACAGAAAAA